AUGACGAGCUAUUUCCCGCCAAGUGGCAGCGCCAGCAAUGGCACGGGCACUCCGGCUGCAUCCUCACCAUCGACACCGCCAACGCAGCGGUCCACCGCUCUCACCAAUCGACUGACAACCGUUCUCUCGGCCUCUUAUGCGGAUUCGGACAUUCGGGAUUCCCUUGAAACUUUGAGCUUGCGGGGAAUCCACAAUUCCGAAAAGACACGAAGGCAGCUUCGCCUUGAUGUGGAGAAGGAGGUUGUGGACUGCAAUGCGGAGAUUGUCAAGGACUUUGGUAAAGUGGCAGAUCAAUUGAAGCGUAUCGGAACGGUUAUCACAACACUGAAUCAGACAUGCGACGACAUGCGCAAGCGAAUCAACAUGGCGAAGCAAGAUACCACACCUGUGCUCGAAGAGGCCAGCGCUCUGAUGGCGCAGAAGAAAGAGACCGAAACGAAGCAACAACUUCUAGAAGCCUUUUCUAAGCAUUUCCUCAUUCCUGAGGAGGAUAUUUUGGUUUUGACAUCAGCCGAGGAGUCAGUAGAUGAACGGUUCUUCGACGUCCUGGCUCGUGUCAAACAAGUACACCACGAUUGCGAAGUCCUGCUUGGUGGUGAGAACCAGCGAUUGGGUCUGGAGGUCAUGGAUUUGAGUGCCCGGAACCUCAAUUCAGCAUACCAGAAGCUUUAUCGAUGGAUCCAGAAAGAAUUCAGGUCUCUGAAUCUUGAAGACCCUCGGAUCAGCAGCUCAAUCCGCCGUGCCCUUCGGGUUCUGGCAGAACGCCCGAGUCUCUUCCAAAGCUGCUUGGAGUUCUUUGCAGAGGCGCGUGACUACGUUUUGUCUGAUGCUUUCCACUAUGCAUUGACUGAUGCCAUCUCUGGAGCUGGUGGUCCUGGAGCUGGAGGCGAUAGCACUGUCAAACCGAUUGAAUUCUCCGCACACGACCCGCUUCGAUACAUUGGUGAUAUGCUCGCGUGGGUGCAUUCUACAACUGUGUCCGAGCGGGAAGCACUUGAGUCACUAUUUGUUGAUGAUGGAGAUGAACUCGCCAGAGGAUUCCAGGCAGGCAUGAGCAGCGAGCCCUGGUCUCGCAUUGACGAGGAUCAAGAGGUUACGUUCGAUGGUCAAAAGGCACUGAGUGAUUUAGUUAACCGUGAUCUUACUGGAGUGUCUCGCGCACUACGGCAGAGAAUCGAGCUUGUCAUUCAGAGCCAUGAAGACCCUAUCACUUGCUACAAAGUUGUCAACCUGCUGUCUUUCUACCGCACCACGUUCUCCAAACUGGUGGGCAAACAAUCCAAUCUGGUGGACUUAUGUCAGAAUUUGGAGAAGUUCACUUUUGGCCACUUCGAGUCAUUGAUGCGUGACCAAAUUAGCACAUUAGCUGGAGACAACAUCGCGUUGUCCCCGCCAGACGAUCUAUCGCCUCCACAAUUCCUGCUAGAUGCCCUGGAAGAUUUAUCCUUGCUUAUGAAGAGCCAUGAUGCUUCUGUUGGACCGGAAGAGUCAUCUCUGGACUCGAGCAACGAGAACGCCUUUACACCCGUGCUUCGGGUCGCUUUCGAUCCAUUCUUGACAUUGGCUCGUGCCUCGUCAGAUGAACUCAAAACAACCACAGCGCAGUGUAUCUACCGCACCAACAUUCUCUUCGCAGCCCGUGAAGCUAUAUCACCCUUCCCAUUCGCUUGCUCGACACAUGUUCCCCCGCUGUCCGCAGCAUUGGCAACUUUGCGCAAUGAUCUUCUCGACACCCAGCGUGACUUCCUUCUCGAGUCUUCAGGCCUCCAAGACCUUCUAGAGGCCCUGGAACCUUUCUCCAAGACCGAGAAAGACUCCGAUUCCACCGCGAAUAAAACUCAGAAGACAGAAAACCAGAAGCCUCACCUUGCAGAUCUGACCACUCUACCUGCCUUCCAACCAGAGUCUUUGAUGACCUCCAGUCAGCAGCUCGACGAUUUCCUUCCGUCUGCAUUAAUGGAUGCAACUGAUAAUCUCAAGCGGGUACAGAGUGUUUCACUUGUGCAGAGCGUAACAGAGGAUGCUGUUGAGGCGUUCUGCCGGGACUUUGAAUUUAUUGAAGGCAUGAUCAUUGCCGCGGACGAAGCCAGAGGUGCUGUUAAUGUUGCCGUUGGCAGUGGCGGUAGUGUCAGUGGCCAGAGUGGACGAUCAGACGGUAAUGCUGAGGCACACAAGAAAAACAGCGACGAAGCCGAAGAGGAUGACGAUGAAGCAUGGAGUCUGAGAUCGUUGUUCCCUCGGACAACUGGAGAAAUCCGCGUGUUGUUAAGUUGA